AUGGUUAGCCUCAUCAGCGUUGCUUCCAUGCUGUGCGACAGCGAUGACAACGACAUCGACGACGCCACGGGUGGGGCAUUGAAGGUGGAUGCGGAUUUCGCAGAUGGCUUCAAUGGUGCCACAGCAAUGGAGGAUGCUCGGGCUCGCGACAUGAAAAGCAUCAACCCCUUUCUGGAAGUUCUUGCAGUCGCCCAUAGCGUGAUGAUCACAGAGAGCGAGGAUCAGUACAGUGUGGGUCUGGACUCCAUUCUUUUCAAGGUUCUUGUAUUGCUAGAUCUCCUCACUUUGGGAAGCAUCAUGAGCUACGAAGCUGAGAGUCCAGAUGAGUACGCUCUCGUCAAGGCGGCAGCAAGCUUGGGCUGGAAAUUCUCAGCGCGAAAAGGCCCCAAGCUCACCGUGACCUACUCGGAGCCUGGCAGGUCUACGCCUGAAGAGAAGGUGUACGAGAUCGUAGCCACGAAUGCCUUCACUUCAGCGCGGAAGCGAAUGUCUGUGCUAGUUCGCGAGACCAAAGGCUACAGCGACACCUACAGCCUGUUCGUAAAGGGUGCCGAUAAUGUGAUGAAGGAUCGAGCCCGAGGCAACUGGUCAAGAAAGCUGGAAGAGGACUUGAACGAGUUCUCAAACCAAGGUCUUCGGACCUUAGUCCUGGGCUCCCGACAGUUGGGCCAAGCCGAGGUGAACAGAUUCCUGGAGGAUUACGGGAAGGCACAGAGAGCCACGACAAACCGUGACCUCGAGUUGGAGAGAGUGGCGAACGAUGUCGAGGAGGGUCUGAAAAUUCUCGGAGCUACUGCCAUCGAAGACAAGCUCCAGGAUGGCGUUCCCGACACCAUUCAGCACAUACGCGAUGCCGGGGUCAAGCUUUGGGUCCUGACCGGCGAUAAGCUCGAAACGGCACGAAAUAUAGGUUACAGCACAAAAGUGCUGGACAGCACCUUGGACAUCAAGAUCCUGGACCCUGAUGGCGGACUGGAUCUUGAGAAGCUGCAGAGCCAUUGGGGUGCGCCUCAGGAUUCCAGCGAUGAGGACACCAGCGACGGCGAGGACCGGCGCUGGUGGCAUUGGAGUCGAUCUGAUGGCGGUGAGAAGGACACCCGCAGUGAUUCGCAGCGAGCGCUGAUGGUGACAGGCAAGGCUAUGUCCGAGAUCUGGGAGAGUGAAGAGCUGAAGGACGUCUUCCUGCACUAUUCCACCAGCUGUGCUGUCUUGAUCGCCUGUCGGGUGAGCCCCUCACAGAAGGCCGAGCUCGUGCAGUUCAUCCGGGAUAGGGUAAAGCCGACUCCGGUGACGCUGGGCAUUGGUGACGGCGCGAAUGAUGUGCCGAUGAUUCAGACCGCGCAGGUCGGCAUCGGCAUCGCUGGCAAAGAAGGCCGGCAAGCCGUGAACAACUCUGACUUUGCAAUCGCUCAGUUCAGAUAUCUUGAGAGAUUACUGCUGCUCCAUGGCCGCUGGAACUAUCGGCGCGCGUGCAUGUUCACGCUGUUCACGUUCUGGCGCAACAUGGUCCAGGUGCUGAUGAUUGUGUGUUAUACCUUCAUUUCUGGAUUCUCUGGCACCAGCAUCUACGAAGACUGGAUACGGCUCACCUUCAAUGCCCUGUGUACAAUACCUAUUCUGCCUCCGGGGUGCUCGGACAAGGACCUUCCAGAGAGGGAGGUCCUCAAGCGGCCGCACCUCUACCAAGUGGGCCCGCAGUCCAAGGACCUGAAUCCAGGCAAGACGGCUUUGACCCUGCUUGUGGCGCUUUUGCACGCCUUGGUGCUCCUUUUGGUCACCGUGUUUGCUUUUCCUGGGCUCGAAGCCAUCGGCGCAGGUGAUUACUACACCUUCGGUACUAUAUGCUACACAUGCUUGAUCAUCGACGUCAACUAUCGUGCGACGUUUUUGACGCACAGCUGCGACGUCCGGUGGUUGACUUUCAAGACUGCCAUUCUCUCCUUUAUUAUGUAUAUCUGCUGGCUGGCGUUUUAUCCUUGUCUGAAAUUUGUUACGGAGCUCCUCACGCCGAAUAUGUACAUGGUGCCAGAGCACAUGGUAAGCCGCAAUGCGUACUUCUUCAUCAUGAUUUUCGUGAUCCCGCUUGCCGUGCUGGUUUACGACAUGUUCUUCCACUGGUUCUUCCACCGUUGCCUUCGACCAGACGCUGCUGACAAAGUGAUGCGCGAGCUGGAAGAGAAAGGCAAAGGUACCAGUGAUACCUGCAGCUCUGAUCCGAUUUCGCCAGCCACUGCACGUUCUUCGGCGAGAGAGAGCAUGUGUGGGUGCUCUGCGGAUGUUGAGUCAGGAACUGACUCCGCGGAAGAGACGCGCAGCCUUGUGCCGGACUGCGGGAGCCCUUCAGAAGUUGAGACAAGCCACGCAUGCCGCUGGCUGCUGCAACAGCCCUACCACUUGAAGGUCAGCUUCGGUGGAGCCCUAGGUGGUCUCAUCCUGCUGCUGUGUGCGGCCCUCUGCCACUGGAAGUCGGAGGGUUACGCACAGAUCCGCAUCAAUUACUCAGACUGGAAUGAUUCAGUCCGAGACAGGGCCAGCUUCCUUGAGGGCAUCUUCCUCCACUACCCCGUGGGUACCAGAAAGGAGGAAGUUUUCAAGGUGGACCUAGACAAGGACUGUGUGCCGCUUUUAGACGGUGGGAAGAGUUGCACGAUCACAAUCGCGCUCCCCUACCCCCUGAAGCAGCCCAUGCUGUUCUACUCUGUAGGGCCCAUGUAUCAGAACUACAAUCACUACAUGAAGUCCGAGGUUAUACAGGAGCUCUACGGUGAUUGGGAUGAAGACAAGGAACAGGGUGGCCUCCAACAUCAACGGGAGGCCAAGUGUCCGCCACGGACCCGAGAAGUGGUGACCAGCCCCGGGGCAAAGCCCCUUCAGCUGGUCCCGUGCGGCCUGAAGGCAAUGAGCUUCUUCAAUGACACGUUUGAGGUCAAAGACUACACAAUCGACAAGAAGGGCAUUGCCUGGAGGACGGAUGUUGACCGCUACAGCAACCCUGGGUUCAACGACAUGCCCUGGUCACCCGCCAAGGCGGAACGCUUCAACAGCAAGAUCCAGUGGCUCUUCCAGACGUUCAAUGGUGUCAUUGACCCAGCAAAGAACGUCAAAGACGAAGACUUUGUUAGCUGGAUGAGACCGUCCGCACUUCCUCGUGUAUGGAACAAAGUGGGUUUCAUCCACGAGGACUUGCAGAAGGGCCAGAACAUCACCUUUGUCAUCGAUUCGCGAUGGCCUGUCGACAGUAUCCCGGGAGGCUACAAGUCGCUGGUCCUCACGGAGUACGGUGAGUAUGGAACCCGUCACGAUGGGUUUGCCCGCGUUCUGAUGUGCUGCAGCAUAGUCAGCUUGAUAAUGUCCGUGGCCGUCUGGGUCUUGAAGUGGUCCGGGUGUGUUGAAGAGGGCGACGCCAGGGAGGGGACCGCAUGCGCCGCGACCGAGUCGGAUUGA